GAUGGUCCAGUGCGCGCAACGCGCUAUAUAUAAAGUUGUCAAUGGGUGGAGUCCCUCGGCUUCAAAGUCGCCGCUGUACAUAUAUAUUUGUCAGCCCCCUCUUGGGACGUUUUAUUCAAAGGAUUGGCUGUCCCUCGGGGUCCUCAAGCACCAUGCCAUCCAAAUUGGCUCUCUUCAAGAAAGCUCCUUCUAAGAAGGUAGCGCUUAAGAAAGUGGCUCCUGCACCGGAGCCCACGCCGGCUCCCGCCCCGCCUCCCGACGAGCCUGCCGCCACUGAGGCUGCUCGUGUUCCAGCCGAGGCUGCUCCUGUCCCAGCCGAGGCUGCUCCUGCCCCAGCCGAGGCUGCUCCUGUCCUGACAGAGGCGGCACCUGCAGAAGUUGCCCCCGCGCCCGAAGCUGCGGCUCCAGCAGAAGGGGAAGCCGCUCCCGCACCCCCCGCAGAAGCCGCUGCUGCUGCCGCUGCUGCUCCUGCCAUAGAGGAACCUGCUGCACCUGCACAGCCAGAGGCUCCGACUGACGCUGCCGCCCCUGCUGCACCAAAAGAAUCUGCAGCCGUUGACACCGCUCCCGCCGAAGACAAGCCAGCUGAGGCAGCCGCACCAGAACUUGCACCUGCUCCGGCACCGGACGCUGCGGAACCUGCUGAUGCCGUUGCUGCCCCCACCCCAGAAGAAGCGGCUCCUCCUGCUGCCAAACCAGCUGAUGGUAAAAAAAAGAAAAAGAUUGAUAAGCCUGAUGAUAAUGCUAUUCCAGCCGUUGCUGCCCCCACCCCAGAAGAAGCGGCUCCUCCUGCUGCCAAACCAGCUGAUGGUAAAAAAAAGAAAAAGAUUGAUAAGCCUGAUGAUAAUGCUAUUCCAGCCGUUGCUGCCCCCACCCCAGAAGAAGCGGCUCCUCCUGCUGCCAAACCAGCUGAUGGUAAAAAAAAGAAAAAUAUUGAUAAGCCUGAUGAUAAUGCUAUUCCAGCCGUUGCUGCCCCCACCCCAGAAGAAGCGGCUCCUCCUGCUGCCAAACCAGCUGAUGGUAAAAAAAAGAAAAAGAUUGAUAAGCCUGAUGAUAAUGCUAUUCCAGCCGUUGCUGCCCCCACCCCAGAAGAAGCGGCUCCUCCUGCUGCCAAACCAGCUGAUGGUAAAAAAAAGAAAAAGAUUGAUAAGCCUGAGGAUAAUGCUAUUCCAGCUGCACCAGCCCCUGCUGUUGAACCUGUCGCAGUAGCUGCUCCGGACCCUAAGGAACCAGCUGAUGCUGCAGCUGCCACUGAAGAACCUGUUGCCCCCACUGAGCCGGAAGCUGAGAAACCAGCUGCCGCCGUCGCUACUCCUGCUGCAGAGGAACCUGCUGCCAUCACUGCCCCUGCUCCCGACGCCGAGGCGCCUGUGCUCGCCGACGCUGCUGCCCCAGCUGCAGAAGAGGUCACUGCUCCCACUGCCCCAGAAGCUCCUGCUGAUGCUGCCAUCGCUGUUCCUGCUGCUGAUGAUGCUGCCGCCCCAGCUGCCAGUGAAGCGCCGGCAGAGGUUGCCGAAACCCCAGCUGCUGAGGCACCUCCAGCCGAGGAGCCCAAACCUCCAACACCCCCUCCCCCAGCAGUUCCCACUAGCGAACCUCUGAAGUUGACGCUUGAAGAUGUCAAUGAUAGCUCGGUAACAAUCAAGUGGAGGCCGCCAGAGACCAUUGGCAAUUCCGGUCUGGAUGGGUACACAGUGGAGUAUUGCAAAGACCAAACGCCUGAUUGGGUGGUGGUGAACGAGAAGCUGACAGAGGCCAAUCGCAUGGUCAUCAGUGACCUGACGAAGGGGGACCUUCUGCACAUCCGUGUGGUGGCUGUGAAUGUGGCUGGCCAUAGCCCCCCCGCUGUGCUCGCCGAGCCCGUCAAAGUCACAGAGAUUGUGGCACGUCCCAAAGUCCGCCUGCCUCGCUCCCUCCGGUCAAGAAUUGUCAAGCAGGUCGGCGACCAGGUCAACCUUGUCAUCCCGUUCAAUGGCAAGCCAAAGCCUCUGGUGACUUGGACAAAAGAUGGCGAGCCUUUGGAUACCAAGACGAUCAAUGUUCGCAACAGCGAAAAGGACAGCAUCCUGUUCAUCCGCACGGUUGACAGGAGCCACUCCGGCACGUACCAGCUGUCUGUCAAGGUGGAGAGCUUUGAGGACAAGGCCUCCAUCGUCAUCCAGAUUGUUGACCUGCCUGGACCCCCCGCCAGCAUGAAGCUUGUGGACAAUUGGGGCUUCAGUGCGGCCCUGGAAUGGGCCCCACCCAAGGACACUGGCAACACCGAAAUCACAGGCUAUACCAUCCAGAAGUCUGACAAGAAGACUGGGGAGUGGUUCACGGUCCUGGAGCACUACCACAGGUUGAGUGGCACCAUCUCUGACCUCGUCAUGGGGAACUCAUACGGCUUCCGUGUCUUCGCUGAGAACAAGUGCGGCACGGGCAAGGAGGCGACCGUCGCAAAGGGGCAGGUCACCAUCGACAAGAUAGGUAUCGAGUACACCCCCCCGGAGUACCCAGCCUUUGACUUCAGCGAGGCUCCCAAGUUCACGGCUCCCCUGAACGAUCACGCGGCGACUGUGGGCUACACCACCAGGCUGCUGUGUGCUGUGCGCGGGACCCCCAAGCCCAAGAUCGAGUGGCUGAAGAACCAGAUGAUCAUAGGCGACGAUCCCAAGUUCCGGCAGAUCAGCAACCAGGGUGUGUGCUCCCUGGAAAUCCGCAAGCCAUGCAGUUUCGAUGGCGGGAUCUACACCUGCCGGGCCCGGAACCCCCACGGGGAGGCCGCCGUGGCCUGCAAGCUGGAGGUCAGACAGGUCAUACUUCCUGAGGCUGUCAAGGGAAGAAAGUAAACCCUCAAACAUACACACAGAUGAAGGAUCUUCCAGGACAUUUAUGGAGGUGGUUGAAAGAAGAACAAAAAAGUGUAAAUAUAAAGAAAAAGAAAGUAUGUUUAUUGACUCCAGCAGUUGGUCUGUACUCUGUGAGUUCACAAAGCCAGGUCCUUGACAGUGUCCUUUCUGGUCAGAAAAAUAACUAUCCACAAAUAAUAUGGUCAAAGCAAAGAUGGAACCAGAUAUCUGGUGGGGUGCUAUUCCUGGCUGUGUCCUCUAUUGUGGCUGUAUAAGUUAAGUAGUUGUGCCAAGAAAAUGACAAUCAAAUGAACAUUGUAUCAAAAUGGACAUUGUUUGAAAAUGCAUAGAUAUUUAUUAAAACUCAUUUUCAUUCUGUUCCAAUUUUA